AUGCAACCUCAAUUUCAAAGUUCGAUUCAACAACAACCAAUGCAUCAACAUCAAUAUCAAUAUCAACCACCGUUUGCUCCUCAAGGGCCUAUGCAAGGGCAAAUGGGUCAACCAAGAGCACCAUUAGGUGCCCCUCAAAGACAUCAAUGGGAAGUAGUAUGGGGAAUUGAAGCUCACUUCCGGCCCAUUAUCACUAACAAUCCUUCGCCGGUAGUAAUUCCUCAUCGUGCGGAUGGAAGAACUUUUGAAGUUAGAACAACCGCCCUCCAAAGUUUACCAAAGUUCAAGGGGUUAGCAACGGAAGAACCCUACUUUCAUUUGGAGACAUAUGAUUCCAUUUGCAACACUAUUGGAGGUCAAGGGUUUUCUUCGGAUGAUGUCAAAGGUUUGAGAAGUUUUCAACAACAAUCUGGGGAGAUGUUUCAUGAAGCCUUCGAAAGGUUUAAUAUGAUGUUACGGAAUUGCCCUCAUCACGGGAUCCAACUUUGGGAAUUGUUGAAUGCGUUUCAUGAAGGGUUGAGUUCGGAGGAUGCACGAGAUUUAAUGUCAAUCACUAAUGGUAUAUUCGGUACGAAUUAUGAACAUAUUGAUUGGGCAUUUUUAGAACAAAUGGCGGUGAAUUCGAAGAGGAAGGCUCAAUCUUCACGAAGGGCAAGGCAUGUGACACAAAGGCCACAAGUACAUGGAGUAGAGAGUGACAAUGUUCAAACUACGAAUCAAGUGUACAACGUGUGCACUAAUUGCAACGAAAUAGGCCACACGACGGAGGUUUGUGUAGUGGGGGUAGUUGAUGAGCAAGUAGAGGAAGUUAAUGCGAUUCAAGGAGGGGGUGGUCGAAAUUUCAACAUGAACUCCAACACAUACCACCCCGGGUUACGAAAUCAUCCUAACUUCCGUUAUGGGAAUGCAGCGAACCAAGCUAACCCAAACUUUCAAGGAGCUCAAGGUAACUUUGCACCUCGUCAACAAUACAAUCAAGGCAAUUAUCGGGGUGGAAACAAUUAUGGUUAUCAAGGGCAAUUUCAACAAACAGGUCAAGGUGGUUUGGGUCAAAGUUCAUCAAGCGGGAGUUUAGUCAUGGAUAUGCUUCGGGCUAUGCAACAAGAUAUGAAAAAGCGGAAUCAACUUGAUGAAGUCCGAAUGCAAAAGGAUGAGGUUUGUGACAAGAGCAUUCAAUCACUAACGACCCAAAUGGGUCAAUUGGCAACCGAUGUGGCGGAGUUGAAGAAGAACAAAGGUCAACUUCCUAGCGACACUAAGGGGGUAGUUGAGGAUGUUACGGGUAAUGAGAGUGAUGAUGAAGUUUCACCGGUUAAACCUAAAGAAUCAAAUGUUAACAAACCGGGGUUGGGUGAAAAUGAAAAAAGUGAAAAAGUUGAGGGUGAACCGAGUCAAGUCCCGUUUCCAUCGGCUUUACUUGACCCGGGUAAGAAAAACUUUAUUGCAUCAAGAGGUCCCCAAAAAGAAGAAUUGUGGGACAUGUUUAAACAAGUAAAAAUCAAUCUUCCACUACUUGAUGCAAUAAAACAAGUACCCGCUUAUGCUAAAUUUUUAAAGGAAUUAUGUACACAAAAAAGACAACAAAAGAAGAAAAUGCCUAAGCGGGUAGACUUGACCAGGCAAGUAAGUGCGGUUUUGAAUGGGGAGCUUCCCCCUAAGCUCAAAGAUCUGGAUAUGCCAUUGAUAAAUAUACAAGUUGGUAAUUUUCAAAUGGCAAAGGCGUUACUUGAUCUUGGAGCCGGGCUACCCCGAGGGAUGGUUCAAAACGUGAUUGUGAAAAUUGAUGAGUUCUAUUACCCGGUUGACUUUUUAGUCUUGGACUACUCAUCUGCGGACCCAAAACAACAACAAAAUGUUAUUUUGGGUCGGCCAUUUUUUAGCACCGCGCAUGCUGUGAUCGAUUGUAGAUUUGGUACAGUCGAUAUGACUUUUGGGAAUCGAAAAAUGCGCUUGAAUAUUUUUACUAACAAUUCUGAUGCUGUUGGUGUUGAUGAGUGUUUCAUGGCAGAUUUAGUCGAUGGAUGCAACCCGCACGAGUACGAGGAGGAUGGCAUAGAUAUUUGUUUGUGUGAUUUUUCUGAACAGGUACAUGCGUGUGCACUAGGGGUUGAAGAAGAAAAUCAGGAUGCUAUGGCUUUGAAGGAAGGUCGACCACCAUGGACUCAUCAAUUUAAAAGCUUGCCGGUGGAAACAAACUCGGGUACUAGACCAUCAUUAGAAGAACCACCAAGGUUGGAGCUCAAAGACUUGCCAAGCCAUUUGAAGAAAAUGGUACGAACGAAAGAAAGAGCGGGAGCUAGUUCAUAUUCUUCGUCGAAAGGCAAGGGCAAACAGCCGGAAGUACAACCAAAGAAGAGGCAGUACUUGGGUAGUGUUAGUGAGAGUGAAAGUGAGGAUGAAGAGAUAGUAGAGUUGGAUCCGGCUAACAAGCCAAAAUGA